AUGCCUCUCCAGAACGAAAAGUAUCCCUCCUCCGUGGCUUUCGACGCCAUCAACGAUGCCCUCGCCAACGACGACUUCAAGAAGGAGGCUAUCAAGCAGGCCAAGGCUGUUUUCGGCAUCACACUGAAAAACCCGGCCGGUGAAACCGAGAGCUGGUUCAUUGACCUGGCCAAGGAGGGCAAGGUUGUGCAGGGUCUAGACAAGUCUGAUGUUGAGCUGCGGCUGUCCGACGAGGACUUUGGCAAGCUUGUCCUGGGCAAGGCCAAGGCGCAAUCCUUGUUUAUGUCUGGCAAGCUCAAGAUCAAGGGCAACGUGAUGAAGGCAGCCAAGCUUGAACCCAUUCUUAACAAGGCGCAAGGCCAGACGAAGGCGAAAUUGUGA